AUGACGACUCCGGUGCACGAGAUUGACGAGCCCAACUACCUCGGCCGGACUGUCACCGAGGAUAGCAUCGCUGGCCGGCCUGCCCAGCUCCACCUGGAUACCAACUCUAUCCCCCAGGCGAGCUUCACCGACCCAUCGCCGUCCGCACGCCGCGAGCAUGCGCUGAGGCUGGACGAUGACCUGGCCGUGCUCGAGGCCGAGCGAGUCGUGUCCAACACGCAGCGCAGUGAGGGCCCUUCGCUGCAGCGGUCUCGUUCGCGCCCAUCCGAGGCCGUCGACGAGUUUGAUGUCGCGACCAACCCGCUGCACGAGACGGCCGCCAUCUACAAUCCGCCCGAGAACCCUUCUACAAGCCUGGCCAGGAUCUUCAAGCGCAUCCAUCAGUCCAGUUUCCUCGUCCGCUACUUCUUCUACAUCUCGCCCGUGACCCUGAUCAUCUUGAUCCCGCUCCUGCUGGGCGCCCUCGUCUUCAAAACGGCCAAUGUCGGUGGCGUGAGCAUGCUGUGGUUCUGCAUCUGGCUCGAGAUUUUCUGGCUGACUUUGUGGGCCGGUCGAAUCGCCGCCAAAUGUGUCCCCCACGCGAUAGGAAUCGUCGCCUCCAUGGUCACCAACAAUGCGAAAAAGUGGCGCGAUCUGGGCCGCAUGCUCGAGCUGCCCAUCACACUCUUUCUCUGGUGGCUGGGAAUCGAGAUUUCGUUUCUGCCCACCAUGAUCAACCAUCAUCUCAAUGGCAACAAGGCGGUGCUGUCGUGGGAAAACACCAUGAAUAAAGUCAUCAUCUCCAUCUUCGUUGGCGUCAUUCUAAACCUCAUCGAGAAAAUCAUCAUUCAGUUGAUCGCCAUCAGCUUCCACACCCGGACCUAUGCCGACCGCAUCGAGAUCAACAAGUUCCAGAUUGGCAGCUUGGUCAAGUUGUAUGACUACUCCCGCCACACCAUCACUGAAACCGACGAGGACUUUGAGGAAUCCGGCAGCCCCGGACAUUCGGGCACCAAAACCCCGAGGAAUGUGGCCGGCGUCGCCUUGCGCGUGGGCAAAAAGACUCUGAACAAGGUCGGUGAUGUCGCAGGUGCCGUCGCAGGCGACUUCACCGGCCGCAAGGUCACCAGGAGCGACCACCCCCACCAGGUCGUCCUGGCCCUCCUAUCCACCAACAUGGGCAGCCAGGUGCUGGCUCGCCGUCUCUACCGAACCUUUGUCCGCCCUGACUUUGACACCGUCUUUUCCGGCGAUCUCAAGGCCGCCUUUGAUAGCAAUGAGGAAGCCGAAGCCGCCUUCACCAUGUUCGACAAGGACAUGAACGGCGACAUUUCCAUGGAAGAACUCGAGGCCGUCUGUGUCGAGAUUGGUCGCGAGCGGAAAUCCAUCACUGCUUCGUUGAAGGACUUGGACUCGGUCGUCACCAAGCUCGACGGGGUGUUAUUUUUCGUCGUCUGCGUCAUCACGCUUAUUGUGUUUUUGUCGCUGAUCUCGACCUCGGCCGCUGGUGUGCUUACUUCGGCCGGCUCUUCCAUUCUGGCUUUAUCCUGGCUGUUUUCUGCCACGGCGCAGGAAUUCCUGCAGUCGGUUGUUUUCGUCUUUGUCAAGCAUCCCUUUGACGUCGGAGACCGCGUCACCAUCUACGGCAACACGGGCGACAACCUGACGGGUGACGACUACUUUGUCAAGGAGAUUUCUCUGUUGUAUACCGAAUUCAAGAAGAUGCAAGGCCACAUCGUGCAGGCGCCAAACAGCUAUCUGAACACCCUGUUUAUCCUCAACCAGCGCCGGUCUGGUGGACUGGCCGAAGCCGUGCCUAUUGUCAUCAAGUACGGUACUUCGAUCGAGCAGAUGGACGGCCUACGCCAGCGACUUUUGGAGUUUGUGCGCGCGGAGAAGCGCGAAUACCAGCCAAACAUCAUCACCGAGCUACGAGAGGUCACCGAGGCCUUUUCGCUGACACUGAACAUUGUGUUUUUCUACAAGUCUAACUGGCAGAACGAAGGCCUCCGUCUCCAACGACGCAAUAAGUUUAUUUGUAUGCUGAUGGUCUCCAUGCAAGAAAUCGGUAUCGAAGGACCUCGUAUGAACCUCCAGGGUGCCCAUGUCAACUACCCCUAUCAUGUCACCCACCAUGGCCAACCACCCAGCUAUGCCGCGUCUACCCAUAAUAAUGAUGAUAACAACAACACCACUCGUCAACCCCAACAGCCGGAAACCAUCCUGGAAGAACGCGACCCGAACCUGCCCGAAGACUCGGCGGCCAGCACCGGAACCGCACCGCGCCCCCAGCACUCGAUCUUGCGCAAGGGGUCUGUCACGGCGGCAGCGCGUGCACGCGGAGAAUCCUUGUCGCGGCCGGGUCGCCAUGUCGAUUUUUCACUGGGCACUUCAGCAAUGAUGGCGGGCGAUCUUAUGGGCGACGUUUUUGAAGACCGAAAUCCGUCGCGGCUCGAAGAAGUCGUUCGCAACGCCAAUCGAGAGGCUCGAAUCCGGGAGGACGAGGCCGCAGCAUCACCUCGCCCAUCGAACUCGUCAUCGGCGCGGGUGCAGGGCGGUCUUGUAGCCCAAGAUGGCCGUCGAUCGACCGAGUCUCGACUGUCUUCGCGGGUGAGUCGCUCAUCGUCGGCGCCGCGUAAUCGCUUCCUGUCGCGCUUCGGUUCGCAGCACACCUCUAGCAGACUGGGCACAGAUGAAGAGGACUUGAUGGAGCAGGGCCGGUACGAGAUGAGCCGGGUUCCUACGAUGCCUGAUAUUGCGUCUCCUACGGAUGAGCGCAAGGAGGGUUGA